AUGAAGUCUUUUGAGUUCCCUCCGGAAAUACAAAUAUUAGUCUUACAACAUUCUUCUCCAUCAGAUUUGCUAAAUAUUCUUCAACACAUCCCAGAGCUGAAGCCUUUGAUCACUUCUGAUAUCUUCAGAAUUGUUUCUAAUGAUUUACCAAAAGUUAAAUUAAAAUAUGGGUUGCCUGAUGAUUUUUACUUGGAUUAUAAAUGUAAUAUAGAUGAAAAUGUUGAUUAUGAUACUUAUUAUAAAUUGAUUAGAGAUUAUUAUGAACGUGAGAGAAAUAACAAAAUAUUAGAUCCAUCUUUAAUAAGAAGCUUCAAAGGUGCUAUAUUGAUUGAACUAUAUGAGCAAAAAGCAUAUUCCCUUACCAAAUUUGAUGAUCAUUUAUUACAACAUGAUCCAAUUGAAGUUGUUUGGCAUACUAGUACAAAAAUCAACAAAUUUAGAUUUUUCAAUGAUUUGUUUCAAUCUUCAGCUAACAUUACCAGAUUGAAUAAACUACAAAUACUAAUUGAAACUGAAAACGAGCUUAAUAAUGAAUCAGAUAUUGAGCAAUUUGAAUUAUUAAACCUUCCACAUCGUAUACCUCCCAAUAAGUUACAUAUCCCAUUUGUUAAAUCACUUCAUUUCGGUCUUGAUGAAGUUAGAGGUAUUCGUGGACUUAAAAGUUAUUCAAUUACAGACAUCCAAACUAUUAUGCCAAAUUUAGAAUCAAUUAAUUUGGUUUUUGAUGAUGAAUCUCAUGAAGAGUACCAUUGGUACCUUAAAAAAAAAGGUUAUAUAUCUACUACCAUAUUAGGAUUCUUAGAAGAUUUGGGUGAAUCUUCUUGGAAUGAGAAAUCUAUAUUAGAUGAAUUUUUUCAAUCAUCUAUAGGGGCACCUUUGGAUUUUUUAAAAGCUUUCCAAUUGAAAUAUUUUCAUAAUAAGAAAUUCAAAUUGUUUGAUAAUUCGCAAGUAUCAAAUCUUGAAAAGUUGAUUAUUGAUUCUUCAACAAUUCAGUCAAUAAAAAACUUGAAUUUACCAAAUCUUAAACAACUAAGUAUAAAGAAAUCUGCAAUUUAUGAAAUUUCAAAUUUGAACUUCAAUUCCUUGCUAGAUUUAUCAAUUAAACUUUCAGCACCACAUUCUUCUCUUGAAAAUAAACAAUAUUUGGGAAAUAUUCACCCCAUAAUUCAUAAUAUAAAAUCAUCAAGUUUAAAAAAAUUCAACCUUGUGACUUCAUUUAAAAUUAAAAAAAUUUCAGAACUUGAUUUCCCAUCUCUAGAAAGAAUGUCAAUAAAAUCAACUAAUAAUUCUAAUAAAUAUUUUGAUAUUACCAACUCACCAUUUCCUCAAUUGGAGAACAUCACUAUAGAGAAAAUUCCACUUGAAAAUUUAUAUUACUCGUUAUUCCAGAAUAACUCAAAUUUGAAAACUAUAAAUAUAUCAUCAUGUCCAACUUUCAACAUUAAGGAAAUGGGGUCUCAAAACUCAUUAAAUUCAUUAACUUUAAGAAAUAUGAAAUCUAUACAAGGUUUGAAUGGAAUUUCAUUACCAAUGUUAACAAAUUUGGAUAUUCAAACAGUUGGAAAAAUUCAUCUCUCUAUAGAGGAUUGUUCGUUUAAAAAUUUGAAAACAAUGAUAAUUGAUACAUAUCUUUUCUUUCCAACUUAUGAUGCUACUUUAUCAUUCUUAAAUAAUGAUAUUCCACAACUUCGAAAAUUAUUCAUAUCAGGCUAUGAGUUAACAAAUCAUUUCUCCGCUGAGCCAUAUCCAUUCUUAGAAGAGCUCACAAUUGAUAGAACCAAAUCGAUAGCAAUUUCACUAAGUAAUACACUAGAAACCCUAAAUAUUUCAGAAAGUGAUAGCAAAAUGAGAUUCAUUUAA